UCUUCUCCACCUCCAAGCCCUGCCCUUUCAAUUCUAUGGAGAUUGAUCCUUCAAACUAUGAGAAACCAGACCAAAUAACAUGGAGCUCCGAUGAACUAGGUUUAGGGCAUGUUAAGUUUUAUAGAUGUAGCUUUUGUAAACGAGGUUUCUCUAAUGCACAAGCACUAGGUGGACACAUGAAUAUCCACAGAAAAGAUAGAGCCAGACUUAGAGAAUUUUCAAGUGAAAACUUGCUUUCUUUGGACAUCAAAAACUCCAUUAAUCCUCCUCCUCCUCCUCCUCCUCCUCCUGCAAACAAGGAUUCGUUGCAACAUGAAGUAUCGUACGAUGAAACAAUUAGUAGCCCCUCGAAAAGGCCAUGUGUUAAUACAUCUGAAGAAAAUGAUCAUAAUCAUGAAGUGAUUAUUGGAGAUGUUUUGCAAUUACCUUUAUUCACAAAGACUCCAUUAAUUAAAGAAGCAAGCAAUUGUGUGGACAAGCAAGAAGAAGAAAAGAGCAUGCAGCUAAACCCUGUUUCAGAAUUGGACCUUGAGCUUAGGUUAGGGAUGAAACCCCACCUCAUGAGUCCUUGAUGAAAACCUUGUAGUUCGUUAAGUAUCCUUUCUGAACUCCCAUAUGACGACCGUUUAUCAAAGAGAAGCUUUUUCCUUUCUAAUAUGUUAAUCAAAUAUACUUGCUACAAUCCAUCAAAGAGGUACUUCGAUUCCCUCCAUACAACUUCCUCUUUAUUUUUUUAUUUUUUUUUUAUAUAUGUACUCCAUAUUUAUUUCAG